AAGGAAAGAGAGCAGAGGAACUUAGUGCAAUACAUCAAUUGAGAGAAAGAUUUUUCAGAUUUUAAAACCUUCUUUUCCUCAGCAAUGGAUUCGCUUCGAGUCACCACAAACGGCGAACGCGAGAAUCCAGCGACAAUGGAAGAGAAUCCAGCAACGACGGCGUCUCGACGAAGUCCGUCUCAGUCGCAGACUCCUCAGCUUCAAGCGGAAAGUCACGGAAUCGAUUCCAUCCUCGACGAAGAGCUGUUUCGCUUCCAGAGUCGUGUUGAUUUGCAAACCCUAGAAUCGUCUUUCGGUAUGCUCUCCGUUCUCGAUUCAAGUGUUCCGCCGCAAAAUCCGCCGCGCGAUAAUCGUUGGAGCAAUCGAUCGUCGUCGUCAUCACUUCACAAUCAACCGAUCAAUGGCGGCGGCGGCGGCAUUGGUAGCGGUGGUGGAUUUUGGUCUCGUCCUCCUCCAAAUACUCCUCUCCCUGAGAUUGAUCCGCAACAGCUGAUGAUGAAUGAUCACUACUAUCACAGAUUAUCCUUUCAGAACGAUUGUGUUAAUAGAGGAUCGUAUUAUGAUUACGCUAAUUCUGGGCAAAGUGGUAGUAGCGGUAAUGUGAUGCUUAACAAUGGCUUCCUCAACGGAAAUUCCCGAGACGUUUCUUAUUUCUCAAGGAAUCGUUUAAUGGAUCAGAGUCCUUGGGGUUCCAACAAUGGAUUUGGGUCUGGAAUCAACGAUUGUUGGAGUAGAAACGGAGGUUCGAGUAGGGCCUCGAUUGUUUCGCUUGCUAAACAACGAGAUUCGAGUAAUGUGUUGCAGAAGAAGAUCUCUGAGGGUACGCAGGAGACGAUUGAUGUGAUCUUCAACGAGGUCAUCUAUCAAAUUUGUGAGCUGAUGGUGGACCCUUUUGGUAAUCAUGUCGCUCAGAAGCUUAUGGAGAGAUGCAGUUCUGAACAGAUCACUCAGAUUCUUUAUUUGGUCACUCAGCACCAGUAUCGAUUUGCCAACAUAUGCCUUGAUCCUAUCGGGAUAAAGGCAGAGAAAUGUUGUUCUGUGUGGUGUAAUUUUCGUCUUGUCUUUGUUUUGGAGAUGUUCAGAACCCGUGCAAUGCAGUCGCUGAUGAAGUGUCUUGCUUCUGAGGAUCAAAUCCUGCGCAUCGUGGAAGCUAUAAGCAUGGUAGCACUUACGUUUACAACGAGCAACAACGGGAAACAUGUGGUUCUUCAAUGCUUCAACCAGUUUUCUCCCUUGCAGAAUCAGAAUCUUCUUGAAGUCAUAGCUCAGAACUGUUACCCGAUAGCAAUUGAUCAACAUGGCUGCUGCAUGCUCCAGCAAUGUCUUGCCAUUGAUUGCCAAGUGCUAAAGAAACGUUUGAUUCACGAGAUAAUCCUUAAUGCGCUGAGACUCUGCGUUAACUGCUACGGGAACUACGUCGUGCAGUACAUAGUGGAGCUGGAAGAUGAAAAUGUAACACUCGAGCUCGUGCAACAGCUGAUCGGGAACUAUGCGUACCUCUCCCGCAACAAAUAUGGAAGCCAUGCUGUGCAGAAGCUAUUGAAGAUACAGUAUAUCGACACUAGCGUGAUCAUAUACGACUUGAUAAGAGACAUUGACACACUUCUUCUUGACCCGUUUGGAAACUAUGUGAUUCAAACCGCAUGGUUUGUGUGUAAGGACUAUACUAUGCGAUACAGCUUGAUGUGGCAUAUAAACCGUAACAAACGAUUGAUGAGGUGCAACAAGUUUGGGAAUAAGAUUCUGGAGAAACUCAAUCUCUAAAUCCAAAGGUAAAGGUAAAGAAAGAACGAAGAAUGUGUUUGUGGGGUUUGUUUUGUUGUGUCUUUUUAGUAUCUGUUUUAGUCGUUUUUUUAGGUGAGGGGUUUUGUGGUUUUGUCUUCUGAAAUCGUAGGUUUUUGUUAGACAGAGCUAAACAAUAUUGUUCUCACCAAAAAAAAAAAGCAUCCGCAUGUCCUGUCUUGAGAGAUUUUAUGUGUUUUUUUUGUAAUGUGUGUUCUUGAGGUUUAUUCUCGAUGUAAAGACUCCGGACUUUUUUUCUAAAUUUUAGGUGUGUUUAUUG